AUGACCGUAAUGCGGAGGAACCACCGUUACCGUCUCAGGCGGCGCGAACCCGACUGUCCCCUCCCCUCCCUCCGUCGACCUGCGGGAACGUCGACCGCCACCUCGACCAUCUCCAGUGGAAGCCUGGCCACGGUCACAGCCUCCUCUACCUCUCCCACCGCCAUGGCGCCCCAGCCCGUUAUCUUCCUUGUUGUUCCCCGGAUCGGCGGCGUCAAGAAAUACGCCCUCCAGAAGCGAGCCCUUGGUGGCUUCCUGAAACCCAACAACGCUGGCAUCAACCGCGACAGCUGCGCCGUCACCACUGUCUUCAACCUGUUGCUAUUCCAGCUCCUCGGCUGCCCAGAGAGGGCGAACUGA